UUGACUUGGGUAACAAAUGGGAUAGAGUUUAACUUUAGAGGCUAUUUCACAAUUGAGUGUGGCUUCUGUCUUGCUCUCUCAGAUUGCUCACUCUGGGAAAGGCCAGCUACCAUGUCAGAAGGACCCUCAAGCAACCCCAUGGAGAGACUCCUGCCAAUAGCCAUGUGAGUGAGCUGUCAGUAAGCAGAUCCUCCAGCCCCAGUCCAGCCUUCAGAUGACUGGGGCCCCAGCAGACACCUUGACCCCAUCUCAUGAAAGAUCAUGGGCCAAAACUGCACAACUGAGUUGUUCCUAAAUUCCUGGCCUAAGAAAUAAUAAGUGUUUGAGAUAACAACCCAGAACAAGGCAAGGAUGUCUCUUGUAUGUUGACUCUGAUGAAUCUUCCAACCCAUGAAAAUGAUACUCUCAAUGUCUAGAUGGAGCCCUCAGGCAUCCCAGAGACUACCACCCCUUAUGAUUAUGAUUCGCAGAGCUUUUUGUGUGACACUCAGACCUUCACCUUUGCAGCCUUCAACACCACCAUCCUGUACUGCCUGGUGUUCUUCCUCAGCCUGGUGGGCAACAUUCUGGUGUUGUGGGUCCUGGUGAAGUAUGAGAGCCUGGAGUCCCUCACCAAUGUCUUCAUCCUCAACCUGUGCCUCUCAGACCUGGUGUUCUCCUUCCUGUUGCCUCUGUGGGCCUUGGUGUACCACUGGGGCUGGGUGCUGGGAGACUUCUUCUGCAAGCUCUCCAACAUGAUCUUCUCCAUCAGCCUCUUCAGCAGCAUCUUCUUCCUGACCAUCAUGACCAUCCAUCGCUACCUGUCCGUGGUGAGCCCCCUCUCAUCCCUGAGAGUCUACACCCUCCAAUGCCGCGUGUUGGUGACCACAGCUGUGUGGGCAGUCAGCAUCCUGUCCUCCAUCCCUGAUGCCAUCUUCCACAAAGUGUUUCAUGAUCCAGAAUCUCCAUCAGGAUUUUCAAGAUGUGAUUAUUCAGAAGUCAAGUGGUACCUGGCCUCAGUCUACCAGCACAUUGUCUUCUUUCUGCUCUCCAUGGGGAUUAUCCUGUUCUGCUACGUGGAGAUUCUCAGGACUCUGUUCCGCUCUCGGUCUCGGUCCAAACGGCACCACCGGACAGUCAGGCUCAUCCUCACCAUUGUGCUGGCACACUUCAUCAGCUGGGCUCCCUACAACCUGGUCCUUUUCCUACAGACACUGUUGAAACUUAAUAUCAUUCAGAGCUGCCAGGUCUCCCGGCAGCUGGAUUAUGCCAUGCUCAUCUGCCGUGAUUUUGCCUUCUGCCACUGCUGUGUCAACCCAGUGCUCUAUGUCUUUGUCGGGGUCAAGUUCCGCAGACACCUCAAAAGUCUGCUCCAACACUUUGGGCUCUGCCAGUCAUUACCUUCCCCAUCACCUCACUCCCACAGUGCUCUCCCCUAUGAGGGCGCCUCCUUCUAUUGAAAGGGAGUUUGGUGCUGCAGGUUGAGAUGGACAGAAGACAUGGAGUGGGAGCAAAGAGAAGUGGUACAAGAAAGAGCAUUGCAGAAGGCAUAACACUGGGGAUGCUACAGCUGCAGGGGUGGGAGGUGAAAGAAAUGCGUUACCCCAGGAGGUCCUACUGCAGAAAAGGGACUCCCUGCCUGGAAAGUUUAUAUUGCCAUCAAGAAAAAGAUUUCUUGGAUCCUGAGUUUAUUAUUCAUUCCUUCAUUUAUUCCUUCAUUUAUUCAUUCAUGGGUUCAUUAUCAUUGCUUAGUUCAGAAGGUUCUAAGACAUGAAAUUUUCCCAGACCAUACAGACCUGGUCCCAAUCUAUGAAUCUGAUUCAGCUCUGGAUGAUUGGGGCCUUUGGAAAAUCUCCCCAGCUGAUUCUGACAUGUACCCUAUUAAGAAACAUUGGGUACAACUCCUUGAAAAUGGGGAUUCCAGAAUCUUCCACAGUUCAUUGAGCGGGACUUUGCAGAGUCACUGUGGCACGCAAUACAUGUUUAUUGAGUAAAGUAACUACUAAUACAGCCCUCAGCUGGAGCCUGCAGAGCUUAUAAAGCAUUUGCCCCUUCAGUUCCAGCUAUCAUUUCAAUACUCUAGUUGCCAUUAGGAGGCCAGCCUUGGAGGACAUUGACCUUGCUGCAAAGAGCGAAGGUCUAAUUUUAAGAACUGGUCAGUAACACCUGCUGGAGAAGGCUGGGUAGUGCACCAGCUAACCAAUAGGUGGGGCCAUCACCCACCACCUAUGGAAGAAAUAGCCCCCCACCUAAGAAAGGAGAUGAGAUGGUUU